AUGAAGAGUUUAAGGAGAGAUUUGUCUGCCAACCCUCAGGCCGCAAAUGUCACCAGCAAGGUCUUUGUGAGGUCCACGAAAAGUGGAAAGGUGCAAAAGAUUGUCCGCGAGCUCUAUCUGAGAGAAGAUAUUCCUUGUUCCUCUAAGCUCUGCUCACAAUGCCCGACAAUUGCGCCGGCUGAUGCCAAUGGAAACAUUGCGCCGUUCAUCCUAUCUGAUCGCCCCGCAGGUACGAAGGCAUUCCCACGAGGCCACUACCUUGUUCCAGAUACAAAUGCGCUUCUUAAUGGAAUGGAUCUGUUUGAACAUACGGGGGCCUUCUAUGAUGUGAUUGUUCUUCAGACCGUCCUCGAGGAACUGAGAAAUCGAUCACUACCACUCUACAACCGUCUCUUGGCCUUGGUCAAGUCAGACGAAAAGCGCUUUUACCUCUUUUUCAAUGAGUUUCGCCGCGAGACUCAUGUUCGGAGAGGUCCGGAGGAAACAAUCAACGACAGGAAUGAUCGCGCCGUGCGCCUGGUAGCAAGCUGGUACGGAUCCCACUUGCAACAAUCGAUCAAGAAGGGAAAGAAAGAGAAAGCGAUACCAGCAAUUGUGGUUAUCACUGACGACAAGGAGAACCUUCGGAAAUCUAAGGAAGAAAACGUGACGGCCUUGUCGCUAUCCGACUAUGUCUCCGGCUUGGAGGGUUCGGAGAUGUUACUGGACAUGAUUAGCGAGUCCAAGGAUGCGCGAGAUGCCAAGGAGAUGGCUCGUGGGGAACUGCUUUACCCCGAGUACUUUUCCAUGUCGAAACUCACAACUGGUCUGCGAGCUGGAACAUUGCACCAAGGAGUGUUUAAUGUUUCGCCUUACAACUACCUGGAAGCCUCUGUUAAGACCGCAGCUUUCGAUAAACCGCUUCUCAUUCUGGGCCGCGAUAAUAGUAACCGCGCUAUUGCAGGCGAUGUUGUCGUGCUCGAAAUUCUUCCACAAGAUCAGUGGAAAAGCCCUUCGACUAAGAUUGUGGACGAGGAGGCUGUGACCCGUAACGACAACCCUGAUACCGAAGAGACAGAGGCAGUGGUGACAGAUAGAGAACGCAAAGCUCUCCAGGAAGAAGUCAAAAAGGCUCAUGGCAAGAACUCAGAAGGGAAGCCACAGCCUACCGCCAAGGUUGUAGGCGUGAUCAAGCGCGGCUGGCGUCAAUACGUCGGUCACGUUGACUCCAACUCUACUGGCUCACAGACCUCUGGUAGACGCCAACAAAAUGUGUUCCUACUGCCGAUGGACAAGCGGAUCCCUAAGAUCAGAGUACGCACGAGACAAGCUGCCGAUAUUCUCGGCCAGCGCAUUCUCGUCACCAUUGAUUCUUGGGAUCGGGAUUCUCGAUACCCCACCGGUCACUUCAUUCGUUCUUUGGGUGAGUUAGAAACCAAGGGAGCCGAAACCGAGGCUCUACUGCUCGAAUAUGACGUGCAAUACAAACCUUUCCCGAAAUCUGUACUGGACUGUCUCCCGUCUGAGGGCCAUGAUUGGAAAGUCCCGGUUUCAAAGGAGGACAAGGGUUGGAACGGCCGCAAAGAUCUCCGAGACUUGCUUAUUUGCAGUAUCGAUCCUCCCGGUUGUCAAGAUAUUGACGAUGCACUUCAUGCUCGCCUUCUACCAAACGGAAACUUCGAGGUCGGUGUCCACAUUGCGGACGUAUCGCACUUCGUCAAACCCAACAACCCAAUGGAUCUCGAGGCUAGUGUUCGCGGAACUACUGUCUACCUAGUCGAUAAGCGUAUCGACAUGCUUCCGCAUCUUCUUGGUACGGAUUUGUGCUCUCUCAAGCCAUACGUUGAGCGAUAUGCGUUCUCGGUUUUGUGGGAGGUGACACCCGAUGCCGAAAUUGUGUCUUCGAACUUCACCAAGUCGGUCAUUCGCUCCCGGGAAGCAUUCAGUUACGAACAAGCUCAGUUGCGCAUUGAUGACAAAUCGCAACAAGAUGAGCUCACCCAGAGCAUGCGCACCCUCUUGAAAUUCUCCAAGAUUCUCCGUCAGAAGCGUAUGGAUGCCGGUGCCUUGAACCUUGCUUCCCCGGAAGUACGCAUUGAGUCCGAGGGCGACGAAGUGGGUGACCCUCUGACAGACGUCAAGACGAAGGCUAUGCUUGACACCAACAGCUUGGUCGAGGAAUUCAUGCUUCUCGCCAAUAUUACUGUUGGUUCGAAGGUCUACGAGUCCUUCUCCCAGACGGCCUUGCUACGUCGCCAUGCCACUCCCCCGCCCCAAAACUUCGAGGAACUCAUGAACCAACUCUCGAAGAAGCGGAACAUGGAGCUCGAUGUUUCCAGUUCGCGAGCUCUGGCUGACUCCUUGGAUCGCUGCGUUGAUCCUAAGAACCCAUUCUUCAACACUCUAGUCCGUAUCCUGGCGACCCGUUGUAUGACCUCUGCCGAGUACUUCUGUGCAGGUGCCUUUGCCGAGUCUGAGUUCCGCCAUUACGGUCUUGCCUCGCCCAUCUAUACCCACUUUACAUCACCCAUUCGACGUUACGCCGAUCUGAUGGUCCAUCGUCAACUGGCUUCUGCCAUUGGGUACGAAGGAGAGGAUGGACAUGCAAUCAUCGAGGGUGUUACCACCCGAAACAAGCUUGAAGAUAUCUGCCGAAACAUCAACGUCCGUCACCGCAAUGCACAGCAUGCCGGCCGCGCUAGUAUCGAAUACUACGUUGGUCAGGCUCUCAAGGCUCGCGGAGAGAAGAUGGCCGCCGACGGCGUUGACGCGGGCAUUGAAGAAGAAGGAUAUGUCAUGCGUGUCUUCGAGAACGGUGUCGUCAUCUUCGUUCCCCGUUUCGGUAUCGAGGGUGUCGUUCGUCUAGAGGACUUUGUCCUGCCCGGUGAAUCUGGAGCACGCUCCGUCGCCGAGAGACGGGAGCUGGCCCCUCACCGUACCACAGACUUUGAUAAUGAGGAAUACACCCUUCGUGUAUCAGAGAAGGGUCAGGAGACUGACCGCAGUGUCACUGUCGAACUCUUCCAGAGGGUUCGUGUCAAUGUCAGCUCAGUCAAGGAGGAGGGUCGUGGUGCUGGCAAGAGAAGGGUUCGGAUUCUGGUUACGGAGGCAUGA